AUGGAGUAUCGUUAUGCCUGUAACAAGUCCAAAGAAAAUCUAAACUUCCUGUCGAAACCAGCAACGUCGGGUCGAGUAUCACCUUGUCACGAUUUGGGCUACCACACGCUUCUGACACGAGUGGUGCCUACGUACGAGUGGUAUCCAAACUCGACACCAUCUGCUCCCGUUGUGCCUAGAUUCACCCCAACUUUCAAAGCAAAGAAGCAACCAAAAACGUCUCAAUUCGACAGGUUAUCCGAUGUAUUAAUAACCCGGAUAUUUUCUCAUCUUUCAAGUAACCACUUGUGUAUCUGCGCUCGGGUCUGUCGACGAUGGUACUUUUUGGCAUGGGAACCACAAUUGUGGACCAGCAUUUCGUUAAACAGCGAUCGGAUCCACGUGGAUCGUGGACUGAAGACUCUUUUUCGACUUCUUUGUCGGCAUUCUCCAACUGGUUGCCUGGCUGUUGAGAAGAUAAAUCUAAACGGAUGUGGUAGAUUAACGGAUAAAGGUUUGUUGACUUUAGCUAGAAGAUGCCCCGAGCUGAAGACCUUCCUGAUACGAGGAUGCAACGAAGUUACCAUCAACGGAGUGACAGAAAUAUUAUCUCGUUGUCUGAAACUGGAGAAGCUUGAUGUAACAGGUUGCUUCAGAAUCACAGCAAUCCAGUCAUUGUCUAGGAUUAGACAGAACGAUUCAGGAAGUGACACGGAGUCGCUCCUGCCAGUGGGGCUCUAUCUACAAUAUCUGGACCUGACAGACUGUCAUUGUAUAGACGACGAGGGUCUGGAGGCAACAGUUCGUCACUGUCCCCAAUUGACUCACCUGUACCUGAGAAGGUGUGUCCAAAUAACAGAUGCGGGCAUUAAGUACGUGGCUAGUUAUUGUUCAGCCAUGCGUGAACUCAGUAUAAGUGAUUGCCUGCAGAUAACCGAUUUUGGACUGUACGAAUUAGCUAAAUUAGGCCCCAGUCUACGCUAUCUAAGUGUAGCCAAGUGUGACCAAGUUUCGGAUGCUGGUGUUAAACAGAUCGCGCGACACUGCUAUAAACUUCGUUACCUUAACGUACGCGGUUGCGAAGCCGUUUCGGAUAACAGCGUGGAAGUACUAGCGCGUAGUUGCCCCCGUCUACGCGCUCUGGAUGUUGGAAAGUGUGACGUCACAGAUCAAGGCUUGAAGAUGCUGUCCGAAAAUUGUCCAAAUCUUAAGAAGUUAAGUGUGAAGUCCUGCGACUUGAUCACAGAUCGGGGGAUACAAUUCAUUGCUUAUUAUUGUAGAGGGUUACAACAGCUCAACAUACAAGACUGCCCAGUAACUGUUGAGGGGUACAGAAAAGUUAGGAAGCUCUGUAAACGUUGCAUAAUCGAACAUACAAACCCGGGAUUUUACUAA